AUGACUUCGUCAAGAAUACCAUUGUAUCAUGUCAAAGGUACCCAUUAUGAAUGCGCAUAUUCUAUCGGUGUUAUAACAUGUGACAGGAUUCGUCAACGCAUUGCUGAUAGCAUGGAUGAAUUAUCAACGUUAUUCGCAUUCAUUCAAACAGAAUGUGGACGUCAAUUACAUCAAGAGUUUAUUGAAACUAUUCGUUUAUUAUUCCCAUGGUAUUGGGAUGAAAUUCGUGGUUUAGUUGAUGGCUCAGAAGUUCCAUUAGAACAGAUACUUGUUUUGAAUUUUCUUAAUGAAACUCUAACAGCUCAGAGAUUAUUUGAAGAAAAACAGAAAUUAGAUCCAACAAAUGAAAAAUUUAUCAAUGAAACUGGUGAAAAAGGUUGUACCACUGUUUUAUUAAAUCGAAAAGAUACAAAUACAUUUUCCUUAUUACAUAAUGAGGAUCAUGCAUCAGCGUUGUAUUUGACUGGAUAUCUUGUUGAAGCUGAUAUUCGAUCAAGUGAAUAUGGCGAUGAAAAACGUCAAAGUCCAAAUGAAAAAUUUAUUGCUUAUUGCUAUGCAGGUGUAACUCCAGGAACAGCUUUCGGUGCUAAUAAGCACGGUUUCGCAUUUGGGUUAAAUGGACUCUAUCCAAAGUAUGUUGCACAUAAACGUUUACCACGGCAAAUAAUUAAUCGUGCGCUACUAUCAAUAGAAAAUGAACAAGAUUUAGAUAAUCUACUACGUUUAUAUCCUGUAGCAUUUGGUUUUUGUAUAAACGGAGCUUUUUUUCGUCAAAAUAAUUAUUUAUUGAAUUAUGAAAUUGGACCUAAUUUAAACAAAGACAAUGGGAAUUAUUUAAGUAAAUGUUUUGUAGUAAAUGAUGAUCAGAAAGAAAACCGAAAAGAAGAUGAAGGUUACACAGUAUUAAACUAUUUUGUGCAUUAUAAUCAUUAUGAACGUUUAAAUGAAGUCAUUAUUGAACAAAAAUCGCUUGGAUCGACACAUACUCGUUCGAAACGUGGCCAAGAAUUAGGUCAAAUAUCUACAAUUAGUGAUGCAUUAGAUUUAUUGGGUGAUACUAAAAACGAAGCCUAUGCAAUAUUUCGUACUUUAGAAAAAAAUCGAAAUGCAUGUACACUUUGUACGGCACAUUUCAAUUUUCAAACAUUACACUUAUCGAUCUAUGAAAGUAAUCCGAAAACCACACACCAGCCAUCAAUUAUUUACAAUCUUAACGAUUUAUUUAUUUGA